AUGUCUACGAUCUCUUCAUUCUUCGGGAAUAUGACCUUGCCCUCACCAGCUGCUUUCAGCAUGGGGGAGGCAGCUACCAAGGGCAACCUCGGUGGCGGGCUUGAUUUUCUUCUCGAGAAGAUGGAGAGCCGUCCAUUCCAGAUCACGACAAGUGUGCUUAGUGUGGUGUUGCUGUAUUUUGUCUUCGGAUUGUUUAGUCCUCAGAAGAUGAAGGCAACUCCUUAUGUCGGAAAGGAAUCGGACCCAUCUUUCCAUGGUGCCUUGAAAGAAGGCUAUUCCAAAUUCAAAGAUUCUCUAUUCAAGAUUCCUGCGCCUCAUCACACCGUCCAUAUCAUUCCUCCAAAGUUCAUGAAUGAAGUGAAGAACCUUCCAGACACCAAACUCAGUUUCCAAGGCCAGGUCAAAGAUCGUUUUUCUGGGCAAUACACUGGUCUCGGCGUCAAUGAUGUGCUUGUGAACGCCGUGAAAGUCGAUGUUACCAAGAACAUGGAUCAUAUUAUCAAGGAAUUCGAGGACGAAAUGCCAUUUGCUUUGAACACAACCUUUGGAGAAUUGAAAGACUGGACUGAAAUUCCAUUCUAUCAUAAAGGUGCUGAAAUUGUGGGCUAUGUCGCUGGUCGUAUAUUCGUUGGUCAUCCACUGGGACGCAAUGACAAAUGGCAACCGUUAACUAUACAAUCGAUGGCUUCACUGGCAACAUCUGACGAGCUCUGGGAGUACCCAGAAAUGUUUCAUGGGCUGGUUCACUACUUCUUGUCCCACGUCAAGGCCGUCAAGCAAUACCUAGUAGACGGUGCCAAAGUUCUCACCCCCAUUGUUGAAAGCCGUCGCAAAGUAGCCGCCUCAGGAACCAAAGGCCCCAAGCCAGCAGACAUGACACAAUGGAUUAUGGAUCAAUCAUCUGAGAAAGACCGUUAUGACGUUGCUCACAUUGUGGAGACUCAAAUGAUGGGCUCCGUCGUCGCAAUCCACACCACUGCCAUGGCUAUCUCACAAGUUAUGUACGACCUCAUCCAGUACCCCGAACACAUCGCGCCACUUCGAGAAGAAUGGAAGCGCGUCCUGGGAGAACACAACGGUCAAUUCAACAAAUCAAGUCUCUCGCAACUUGAGAAAUUGGACAGUUUCUUGAAGGAGUCGCAAAGACACAAACCCACUGGAUCCAUCACCCUAAAUCGUCGCAUCAACCAAGAAAUCAAGCUCUCCAACGGCAUCGUACUCGAGAAAGGCAUCCACGUUGGUGUCGCUUCAGCAGCAUUAGGUUUCGACCCCGAGAUCUACCCAGACCCACACAAAUUCGACGGUUUCCGCUUCUACAAGCUCCGCCAGAUCCCCGGUAACGAGAAGAAAUGGCAUUUCGCAACAGCAGCAGGAGAUCAGCUUUUCUGGGGCUACGGAAAAGAUGCCUGUCCAGGCCGUUUCUUCGCUAGCAACCUCAUGAAGAUCAUGACUAUUGAGUUUUUGGAGAAGUAUGACUUUCAGUUCAGGGAUGGUGUUCGUCCUCCGGAUGUGAUUCGUGAUUUCCGCACGAUUCCCAACCCGGUGUUCCCGAUUUUGAUGAAGAGCAGAAAGGCGUGA